GCCAGUGAGAGCGCGGCGGCGACGGCCGGUGAUUGGCCGAGCCGUGGUUGUUCGGGAGCACGAGCGCUCGGAUGGGCCCCAUUGGGCAGCCGGAGUGAAACUGCGCCGAAGCGCUCGCGACUCCGAACAAAAACAAGAAGAUGUCGAAGAAGACAAGGAAUAAAGCGCUGGAGGGGGGAGUAAGGAAGGACGCAGCCGAUGUCACCAUGGAUCGCAUGUUCAGUAUCUCAGACAAUGAAUCUGAAACCUCAGAUGAAACAGCAGACUCGGAGGCCGUGUCACAGCCAGCUUCGCAGCUUGAGCAUGCCCUCACUGUGCCAGACAUCAAACUCUCAGGGGAACCGGGCAGCCGAGUGAGGGUGCUGUCUGAAUCUGAGGUCUCUCUGGGUCGAAGUGAAGAGCCCGAUUUAAAUAACAGAGCUGUGUCUGAUGAGGGUGGGGGUGGUGGGGCUGGCGAUGGGACCCACUUUCGCACACGCUCACAGUCAGCCCCCCCUGCACUGUGGGCAGCGCAACGGUAUGGCCGACAGCUAAGGCGCAUGAGUGAUGAGUUUGACACCCUGCUGGACAAAGGGAUGAAGAGGGUGCGCAGCGCAGGAGCCGCCCGCCAGAUGCAGGCUUCCCCAAGUUGGUUUGCCUUCCUUUGGAGCCACAAGGAGAGCGAGGCCGAGAUCAGCAGCGGAGGCAGGGCUGCGCAGUGAGGGAGGGGGAAGGGCCAAGGGACAGCUGUACAUAAACCCAAGUGCAUCGAGUGACAACAACCGACCUCCAGACGUAUAGUGUGCCACAGAAAGGGGACUGGGUGUGUGUCGUCCACACACUGUUCUGUAUGAAACAAACUCUAUGCAAACAAAGAGAGGGUUACAGAUGAAACAGAAGGAAAAUGGGGGGGAUUACUGUGAUUAAACUUUUUGGAAUUCUUUUAGUUACAACUCUUCCCUUUAUUCUUGUUGAAAGCAAAUAUAUAUUUUUAAGAAAACACUGAUGCUUUAAAACCAGCAGGAGCACAAUCAUGUAAGUGACAAUCUGAAUAUUGUCAGUCAGUGGAGAAAACUUAACAUUCCAUUUCAGGAGUCUUACAUUUUUACUUUUAAAAUUGCUAAAAAAAAAAACAAAAAAAGACACCUUUAUGAAAACAUUUUGUAUUGCGUGCCCGAACUCAAUAAAUUAAUUCGAAUUUCAGCACACUGUUUGCGGAUCAAAACGUUUAGGUGCUUGUAAAUAAAUUGUGGAUAUUUUUAAUGAAGGAUAGGAAAAACAAAAAAAAAGAGACCUGCUGUAAACAAAUGAGAAAUGUGGCUGUUGGUAUAUGUGUAUGACAGUGUCUUAUUUUCUACACAUGCUGAGAUGUAUAUAAAACUCCAGUUUCUGAAGUUUGUUCCAUUUCUGUACCAAUGAUGCUUUGCAGACUUGGUGUUCAUAAAAAAAAAAAGCUGUUGUUCCUUCAGCCAUUAGCAAGCAGAACGACAAAAGAAGUAUUCAUAACAAUGGUAUAAAAUAUACAGACCUUUACUUGCCUUGAAAGGGGAAUGCAGCUACUUUUCCCUGGGCCUUGUCAGAUUUUAGGAGUUAGACAUGUGUUAAGGAUGGGAGUUGCCCUGUAAUGGUAACAAAACAGGAGCUACUGAAGAUGAUGUGAAAAUAUCAAAUAUUUAACGUUAAAACUGCUUUCAAGAUGUGUUUUAUGGUGUCUGUUUCCAGGUUUAUAAUUACUUCUGGAAAUGCUAACAUUGAAACUAGAUCUCUGAAGGUAAAUGCAAGGAAAGGGAUGAGUAACAUGGUCCAGUGUGCCUUUUGAAUAGAAACUGGUAAGAAAUUAGCUCCAGGAUGCUUACAGUGGGGUUGCACCCACCUGCCACUUUUUGAAUCCGUGUAUUUAAGUGCAGGCUGCUCAAUUGAACGAAUGCCUUUUAGAACCCAGACUUAAUUGAAUCUGUGGGGACCUGCCCUCCCGCUCUGCUUCGUAAGAGCUGGUGCAUCGCAUCAGAGUUCAUCUACUGUAAAUGGGUUAGGGCGAUAAGACCACCACGCGAACACAACUGGAAGAUGCAACUGUUAUUUACAUAAGAUCGGUAAGGGCUACAGUGUAAAACCACUACAACUAGAAGACAUGAAAUAAUGCAAAGUGCUGUGUGAUGGAAGUCCUGCCAUCAUUGCUGGUAUUACUUGAAGCUUGUGUAUAAUGGACUCGGAUGUUUCCUGCUCUUUAUAACUUUUGUAAAUGCUUUUUUUUCUGAAUGAUGAUUGAUGUUUGGUAAAAUAAAGUUGUAUUAUGAACUAAAA